GCGCAGUGAGGCGGCGCAGAGCGCUGAAGAUGGCGGACGGGCGGUUUCGUUAUCGGACGUGAAAUCGAAAAACAACAACAAACAACAAAUAACAACAAACAACAACAAAACUAGUUUAAAAAACAAGCAAGCAAGCAAGCAGACGAGCGAGCGAGCCCGGCUCGACCCGCUUCCAGCUCCGCAUUCAAACCCACGCUGCUCUGACCAGCACGCAUCGUGCAGUAAAUAAAUACAAACAAAUAAAUACAAAUAAACAGAAACAAAUAUGAAUAUAGCGAUAUGCAGGCGUGCAUGCUAGCAGGGGCGCUUGUGCAAGCUUGCACACUCGAGUCCAAACGCGCAGCUCGGGUUCAAACGCUGCCCUAACCAGCGCAGCGAGCAGAGCGGCUCUUCCUUAUUAUUAUUAUUAUUAAUAAUACUUUUAAAAUAAGAGUUAAACUAGCUGGCGUGCAUUCUGCAGCGUUUUCCAAGCGUUACCGUGCAAUCCGCGGGCUCGUACUGCGCAGUCUCAUAGAGCUAAAACAGCAAACCAGGCUAGCUGAGACUUAGAAAUAAAACCGGCAUCUCCAGCUUUAAAACCUGUUAGCAAUAGAUUUAAAAAAGCUGCACUGAUAGAAGCGGGUUAAGGAAACACGAUUGUGUUUGUUUUGAAGAGUGCACCGUGGAUCGAUAUUAUUAUUAUUAUUAUUAUUGAUUGCAGUACCCGCAGCGCCCCCCCCCCCCCCCCCCUUCGUGCCCCGAGCAGAGCCCCCCCGUCCCCCCCAGUCGUGCACACGGGAAGAUGGCGGCGGGAGGAGGAGGCGGCUGCAGCGGCGAGCGCCGCGUCUCGUCGGCGGGGGGACUCGAGUCCUCCAUGGAGCGCAGGUUUCAGAGCGUCUCCAACACCAUGGAGUCCAUCCAGGGGCUCUCCAGCUGGUGCAUCGACAACAAGAAGCACAGCGCCGCCGUGGUGCGACACUGGAUCCGGUGCCUGAGGAGAGCCGACUCUGCCCAGCGCCUCAAUCUCUUCUACGUGGCCAACGAUGUGAUCCAGAACUGCAAGCGCAGGAAUGCCAUGGUGUACCGGGGCGCCUUCGCGGAGGUGCUGCCCGGCGCCGCCCUGCUGGUCAGGGAUGCUGCGGUGCGGAAAGCCGUGGAGCGGAUUUUUACAAUCUGGGAGGAGCGGAACGUUUAUCCCGAGGAGCUGAUCAGCGAACUGAAAACGGGGCUCGUCAAGAAAGAAGCUCCCGUGCCUGUCAACCCCAAAGCAGCCCUGAAGUCGAAGAUUGUUGCAGAAUUCACACCCCAGACCUUCAUCGAUCAGCUGGCUGCCUACAAGCGCUCUGUGGACGAGGUGGACGUCAAGGAGAAGCAGCUGUCCACCAUGAGGGUGGACGUGUGCAGCACAGAGACUCUCAAACGACUGAAAGACAAGGCUGGGGGGAAGCGGUUCUCGAAGGAUUUCGAGGACGGCAGUGCGAAGCUCGAGGAGUUUGUGUCGUUCCUGGAGGCUCGGGUGCGCAGCGGGCCCCCCCUGAUCGAGGCCCUGGAGAACGCAGACGUCUUCUACGAAGCGCAAUACAAGGAGGUCAAGAUCGUCGCCAACGCAUACAAGGCCUUUGCUACCCGCGUGGGUAACCUGAAGAAGAAGCUGGACCUGCUGAAGAGCAGCCUGCCCGACCCCGAGGAGUCUCCCGUCCCCUCUCCCUGCAUGGACGCCCCCUCCCCCACGGGCUCCGAGUCCCCCUUCCACGACAUGGAGGAGGAGGGGGGGGGGGGCGUGGACGGGGUGGAGAUGGACGAGCCCUUCGGGGGGGUGACCCCCCGCUCCUCCAGUCCGGAGCCCACCCAGGACAACAGAGACGUGGAGGACAUGGAGCUGUCUGAUGACCCCAGGGGGUCACCCACACCAGCACAUCAUAGUGGACGAGCGCAGGGAGGAGCAGCGUGGCCCCGCGGUGCAGUCCGGCUCCUCUCCGGCUCGCGUUGUCACCGACCCCCCCACCAGGCAGACCCCCUCCCUGGGAUCCCUCUCCCCAGCCUCGCCAACGUGGACCUGGGCAAGAUCAGCUCCAUUCUCAGCAGCCUCACCUCCGUCAUGAAGAGCACGGGAGCGAGCCCUGUCUCCAGACCCUCUCCCGGCACCCCUACCACCCCCACAUCCCUCUCCGGGGGCCCCAAGACCCCUGUGCACGGCCCCUCGGCUCCCGGCAACGUCAACCCCCUGGCCAGCAUCCUGUCCAAAGUGGACGUCACUGCCGAAGGCAUCCUCAGCGCCCUGUCCAAAACCCCAGGGCAGUCUGGGCCUGGCCUGCAAGGCCUUUCCUCUCUGCUUCAGGGCGUCGCUGCCGGGAACUCUCAACCCGCUCCGCACGCAACCAAGGACAGACCCCCCUCCACUGCUACCCCCUCCUCCUCCUCCUCCUCCUCCUCAUCUCUGACUCCCUCUCAGCUCCCUGCCCCUUCCAGGAGCCAGCCUGGCCACUCCUUCAGCUCGCCGGCCCACGAAGUCUCCUCUAGCUCAGCCGCUAAGAGCCAGGCAGCGUCCAGCAGCAGCAGCAGCAGCAGCUCCAGAACCAAGCAGCUCAGCUCCAGCCCUGCACACUGGGGUAACAAACCUGGAAAGGACGGGCCCCCAGCCCGGCAGCAACAGCAGGAGCCCUCGACCUCCUCCUCGCCCUCCCCCUCCAGCCUGGAGCUCAAAAUCCACAGGUUCCUUCAGGGGAACCCCGGGUUCAGCGCCCUGAACCUCAGUAUCCCCAUUCUGGGAGGAGGGGGUAAUGCAGGGGGGGAGGCUCCCGAAGUCAGCUCCGGCGCCCUGGAAUUCCUGCCGAGCCAACCCGCAGAGAACGUGGACGGCACGCCGGUGAGGGACGAGCGUGGGGGCACCCCGACGCAGGACGAAAUGAUGGACAAGCCUUCCUCCGUCUCCUCUUCCUCGUCCUCUCUGGGAACCGUGGACCCCGUGUCCCUCCUGUCCAAAAUCCUGAGCCCUGGUCCCUCCUCGACCCCAGGCGGCGGCGCCCCGCCCCCCCUCCUGGGGCAGGGUGGCUACACCCCAAACCCCAAACUCCUGUUGAACUCGAGCAGCGGCAGCCAGAAUAAAACCCUUAAAAACGAUGACAGUAAAAUAACCAAGAGCAAAGUGGCUGCCGUUGGCGUGGCAACCGCCAGCACCACUAAUGCAGCCUCUAUUUCAACUGCUCCCUACAGCCAAGGGGCACGGCUGGAUCUCUCCCCCACCGCCUACAGGGCUCAGGCAGGCAGCUGGGGGGGCCAGCAGCCCUCCUCAUCCUCACUGGGAGGCCUGGUUGACGCCCCCCCUGAGAAUUUCUACCCCGAUAAGGAGGAGGGGGAGGAGGAGGGGGGAUAUGAGUACAGCUGUGCGGAGAAAAGGCCCCCCAAGGUUAUCGCGAAGGGGGGGGCAGGAGGAGGAGUGGGGGGGCAGCAUCAGAGGCGUCCGUCCAGCGAAGGCGGAGCAAGAGAGCACAAGAGUAAGAAAUAUUCCACGCCGUCGUCCGGGAAUCGACAGCAGAAAGACAACGGCAGCUUCAGCAGUCUCCCCAGCCCCUCCCCCUCUGGGUACGGGUACGGGAGUGGGGGUUCAGAGGGCGCUCCCUCGCCUUCCCCCAAAGCCAGCGAGGUUUUCUUCCCUCCCACCAGCGACCCUGCCGGAGCCAGCCACAGCAAGCACUUCGGAGGGCUGGCAGACUCCUCCCCCCAUUCCGGCCGACACUUGGUUUCUUCCCAGAGCGGUGGCGGCGCAGGAACGGGUCAGCCCAACUCCUUCGGCAGGGGGGGGCUGGGGAACAGAGGCGGCGCGGGAGAGAAGCCCAGGCUGAGCUCCCCAACGUCUUCAAGCUCGGAAUUCAAAAAGAUCAACAAUACUAAUAAUAAUACUAAUAAUAAUACUAAUAAUAAUCCAAAUUCAAGUUCCACCUCGCGAAAGUCUUCCGAUGGCGAACUCGGAGGCCAGCCGAGAGAGCGGGAUCAGGAGCAGGAGCACUACAGGAUCGAGACCCGCGUCUCCUCCUCCUCCGACCCGCUCCCCGACAGCACCGUGGGAAAGGGGGCCCCCAUCGAGACUUUGGGGUACAGCAACCGCAGGACGUCCGGCGAGAGGAUCCUGACGGUGGAGUCGAUCAGGGUGAUCGGGAAGGGGUCCCUGCCUGCUGGAGAGGGGGGGGCCUGGUACGAAAGCGGCGAAGCCUACAUGGAAACCCCUUCCGAUCUCUCGGGGGUACCCCCCCUCCCGCCGUCCCCCUCCUCUUCCUCCUCUGCUCCUCCUCCUCCUCCUCCUCCUCUGGCGGCCGGGCUCCCCCAUCAGCAGCAGCCCCCUCCCCACCCCGGUUUCGGGAACCAGUUCGAGGAUUGCCUCCCCCUGCAGCACUUCCAGGACCCUGCGGGCGGCCCCUUUUUUGGGAACUCGCACACCCUGCUCCCUCCCAUCCCCCUCCUGCCGCCGCCCCCGCCAGGCGUCCCCAGAGAUUUCGGGAUGCCCCCCAACCCCUCUAACUACGACGAGGACCUGGGGAAUUACGGGGGAGUCCCUAUGAGGGGAGGGGGAGGGGUCGAAGUAUUACCCCCUCCUCUAAUGGGAGAUCACCUGCCCCACAGCGGCUUGCCCUGCCACCCCCGCCCCGGCACGGUCAAAGAGUAUUUCGGGGGGCACCCCAGCCUCCUGCCCUCCCCCACGGGGGAACACCCCCCCAACCUUGGGAGGGCGAGGGAGAACCUGGGGGGCCACGGUCACCCCCUGCCCGCCGGGCCUCAGUCCGGCUCUCCCAGGGAGCAGUGCGGGGGGCUGCAGCAAGGGGGCGCCCCACAGCAGCGGCACCGGCUGCCACCCCCCCUCCAGCAGCAGCGGCGGGACGGCGGGGUGGCGCCUCUACUCCCCCCACGGCCCCCCCACCCGAAACCGUUUCAACAGCAACGACCCCCUCACCCUCUGCAAACGGGACCCUAUUUCCGGAACCCGCGCCCCGAUUUCAGAGCCCGGGAUCCCCACUUCCACCCGAGGGAGCCGUUCCGAGGAGCCAAGAGGCCCAGGCCGUCUUUCAUGGGGGCGGGCGGCGGCGGGGGGGGGCCCUUUUACGCCCCCAAACGCCCUUUUCUUCCCCCUCGCUAUUAAAAUUAAAAAAAAAAUAACAGAAGAAAAGGAUCUUGCACCCACCCCUGCUCGCCCGACCUCCCCUCCCCACACACACACACAAUUUUUUAUUUUUUAAUGCGUCGAGUUUGCCAGCCCCCCCCCAGAAAAUAAGCCAAAUUCAUGUAACUUGGAGAAUGGAGCGAAGGCAGAAGCGGCCUGCCUGCCUGCCUGCCUGCCUGUGGGUGUGCCAGCAUUGUGUGCUUCAGCGCUCGGAGAGGAGAGAGGGAGCUGACAGAGAAUUAGAGAGAAGAAUAAAUAAGGGGGUUGUUAUUAUUUAUUUUUUUUGUGUGUGUUUUUCAUCUCCUUUCUGUAUUUUUUCUAUAGUGAGAGAGAGAAACACACCAUUGCAUUGUAUGUGAAGCAGCAGCACUGCUGAAUUCUGAGCCCGUGUUUGAGUAAGAGAAUCCGUUCAAGAUUGGAAACUUCACACAGGGGCAAGAAACAGGAAAAUAAUAAUAAUACUUUUCUAAUUGUGGAAAUGUUUGGAAGUGCUGAAGCAAACCUUGAUGAAUUUACAGCCAGUUGAGGAGAACCCCCCCCCCCCAUUUCGUAUUUCUAAACGUAGCGCUGCUUGAAGCUGCUUUUUAUUUUCUUUUGGGGGGGGGGGUUUGUUCAAGGGUUAAAACGUUUGCAAGGAUAUAAUCUCCAUCCUCUCCUGUAACUAUCUGGCGAAUGCAGCUCUCCCUUUAGAAAAGAGUUGUGUUCAAGUUGUGUGGGCUCAUUCCUGUUCUGUGUGAGAGAUGAUCAGUUUAGUGGCUCUAGUUUUGUUUUGUGUUCUUUUUUGUUCAAAAAAUGAUAUUAAAAAAACAACAACUUAUAAAUUAAAAU